AUGGAGGAACUACAGGCGCGGCAUCGGAAAGAGCAGCGGGAUCUGCAGAGUCGGAUCACGCAGAAGAAGAAGCAGGCGAGUAAGAAGACGAGGAAGGGCGUCAACGAUGAGUGUGAUAGGUUGGACGCCGAGUUGAGGGAGAAGCAGGCGCAGGAGGUUGCUGCGCUUGAGGGCGGGGAGGUCGAUGGGGAGGCGUUGCCGAUUGAGCAGAUGGACGACCGGACGCUGAAGGUGGACGAGGAGGUGGAGGAGAAUGGCACAGAGGAUGUGCCGGCAGCGACAGAGGAAGCAGAACAGAACGGUAGCACACAACCCGGCAAGAAACGCAAUCGCCAGAAAGACCGCCUUGCGCGACGGGCAGCAGAGCAAGAGGAAGCCGCUCGCCAAGCUGACGAGGAAGCCCAGAAUAUGCCAGAUCUUAAGGAGCAAGAGCGAAGCCGCAUGCUCGAAGCCAUGAAGUCUCACAAGCUGCAUGAGAAAGAGAUACGCGCAGAUGGCCACUGCCUCUAUUCAGCCGUAGCAGAUCAGCUCGAACAACUCGAUAUCCCGUUGGGCGCCGCACCAGACGAUUGGCCAGCCCUCGCAUACAAGACUGUGCGAGCAAAGGCAGCGGAUUACAUCAGUCAGCAUCAGGAUGACUUUGUCCCAUUCCUGGAAGAGCCGCUGCCGGAGUAUCUGCACAAGGUGCGAGAUACUGGCGAGUGGGGAGGGCAGCUCGAGCUUAUGGCACUGGCGAAGACGUAUGGCAUCGAUAUCAAUGUCUUGCAGGACUUUGGACGCGUCGAGAAGAUACAGAGUGGCAGCGAGACGACAGGCAAGGCCAUGUGGUUGGGCUACUACAAGCACGGCUUUGGCUUGGGAGAACAUUACAACAGCUUGAGGAAAGUGCCUUGA